AUGUCGGACGUCGAAGCUCUAAGUGAUAGCGAUGUGCGCGAGCGUCUGCUGCCCGCCGGGCCGAACCACCAGUCGCACGAUGAGAGUGAGCAGCAAGACGGCAUCACGCAUCAGAAGCUGAUGCACUCGAUUGGCUCGUUCUCCGCCGUCGUGUGGCCUGUGGCAGUCACGAUGUUGUUUGCCAGCUUCGUGUCACUUCAGGUGGCGGAUCCAGCGCUGGCUCAAGCGCUCGCAGACGCGUAUUUGGUCUAUGGACCGGAACGAGACGAAGGAGCGUCUACAGGUACCAAAGCAGCUGAUGCGCUAGUGAACGCGCUGGUGAUUGUGUCGUUCUUCCUUGUGGCGACGCUCGUGAUUGUCUGUUGCUAUAAGCUGAACUUUAACAAGAUGCUGAUUGGAUACAUGAUGUUCUCGUCGGCAAUGCUGUUGGGCAUGCUGGGAGGCAACAUGAUGGUCAUCGUUAUUGCCAAGUUAGAGAUCAUAGUGGACAGAUGCACGCUGUUUUUUGCCAUGUAUAAUUUCUCCGUGGUCGGCGUGUUGACCAUAUUUUACCAGAAAGGCACGCCCGUGUGGCUCACGCAGAUGUACUUGAUUGCCACGUCGGUCAUCAUGGCCUGGCAGCUGGGGCAAUUUCCCGAAUGGAGCACGUGGGCGCUGGUGAUCGUGCUUGCAUUUUAUGACCUCUGUGCGGUGUUGACACCAUGUGGACCGCUGAAGUGGCUUGUCAAUCUUGUACAACAGGAAGGGCGACCGUUGCCUGGUCUGCUGUACGAAGCAGAGAUCCACCGUCAUCACUCAAGCAAUCCACCUCCGUACGCGCAUGAAAAUGUGUACUACCAGUGUGAGUCCGAAAUACCUCUUCGUCAAGGGUCUCCGCGGGACGUGGCAAAAGCUCCGCCUUCGUCAUGUCAGAUCUCCCUGCCGUGUCGUCAGGCCCAGCUUCGCGUUCGUUUGAUCGAUUUCUACACGAAAUACAACCCGUCCGCUAUUCCCCGCGUGGACAAGAUCUUGGAACGGUAUCAGGGACGAGAAGCCGACCUGUGGCAUGAUCUAUGCCAGAAGUAUAUAAUCGAUGAAGGAGAGGCGAAUGAGACGAUCAAGCUCGGGUUAGGAGAUUUUGUCUUUUACAGCGUGUUAGUAUCUCGAGCCGCCAAGUACGACUUUUCGGCGAUGAUCGGGUGCUUGGUAUCCGUCCUCAUGGGUCUGGGUGGAACAUUGUUUCUGCUCGGUAUGUACCAAAAGGCACUCCCAGCGCUGCCAAUCUCCAUUCUGCUGUCUGUCAUGACGUACUUUUGGCUGCGUCUGGUAUUUGUGGACUUCGUGAGCAAUUCGCUGAGUAUCGGUGUGCUGUUAUAA